UUCUGCUGUUUUCCUGGUCCUGACCUCCCACCAGUUGGCUAGCUGGAGGCAGCUCACAAGCUUCAGGUCUAUGGCCGCCCCAGGGUCUGUGACUGUGGCGCUGCAGGUGGCCGAGGUGCUGGAAACCAUCGUGAGCCGCUGCGUGGGGCCUGAGGGACGGCAGGUGUUGUGUACGAAGCCCACUGGCGAGGUGCUGCUUAGCCGGGAUGGAGGUCUUCUCCUGGAGGCCUUGCACUUGGAACAUCCCAUAGCCAGGAUGAUAGUGGCAUGUGUUUCCAGUCAUCUCAAAAAAACAGGAGAUGGUGCUAAAACAUUUAUUAUUUUUCUUUGCCAUUUACUAAGAGGACUUCAUGCAAUCAGAGAAAAAGAAAAAGAGUCAUUCACUUCUGAAAAUAUUCAUACUCAUGCCUGGCAUUGGAAAAACAGUUGUCAGUGGAAAUAUAUUGCCCAAGCUCUACUAAUGUUUCAGACACAAAUACUAGAUGGCAUUGUGGACCAAUAUUUAAGUAGACACUUUCUGUCCAUCUUUUCUUCACCAGCUAAUGAACGAACAUUGUGUAGGAACUCCUUAGAAUUACUCCUGGAAGCAUAUUUUUGUGGAAGAGUAGGAAGAAAUAAUCACAAGUUUAUUUCACAGUUGAUGUGUGACUACUUUUUCAAGUGUAUGACUUGUAAAAGUGGGGUUGAAGCAUUUGAAUUAGUGGAUAACUGUUUUGUAGAAUUGAAUGUUGGUGUGACUGGUCUUCCUGUUUCAGAUUCUAGAAUUGUGGAUGGACUUGUGCUUCACAGAGACUUCUCUAUUUAUUGCCCAGCAGAUGGUGACAUAAGAAUGGUGAUAGUAACAGAAUCCAUCCAGCCUCUCUUUUCAGCUUCUAAGUCAGAGUUUAUUCUAAAUUCAGAAGCACAGUUUCAGACAUCUCAGUUUUGGAUUAUGGAAAAGACAAAAACAGUAAUGAAACAUUUACAUAGUCAGAAUGUGAAACUGCUCCUGUCCAGUGUGAAACAACCAGACCUGGUUAUUUACUGUGCAGGACUGAGUGGCAUAUCAGUGGUGGAGUGUGUAUCAGCAGAGGAAAUUUCUCUUAUCCACAGGAUUGCUGGCCUUUCUCCAUGUGCCCUACCACAGGUCUCUUCACAGUGUGACAUUUGUAGCACUGCUUUGGUGAAGUUUUGUAAACCCCUUGUCCUUAGAUCCAAAAGGUACGUUCAUCUUGGCUUGAUUAGCACAUACACGUUUAUACCACACUGUAUGAUCCUUUGUGGACCAGUUCUGGGUCUUGUUCAACAACACGAGAGUGCUCUUCAUGGAGCAUUCAAAAUGCUUAGGCAGUUAUUUACUGACCUUGAUCUAAAUUAUGUAAUACAAACCAAAGACCAAAAUGACACAUCAAGUCCUCUUAUUUACAAAAAUAGCAGAGAAAAUAUUCCGUUACCAGAAAUUGAUAAGUAUCAGGACAUAAUAGUAAAGAAAAAAGAUAAAUUAGAAAAAACUCAGAACUGCUUAAAAGUAUAUUCAAAUUCGGUAUCUUCAGAUAUAGACUUAGAAACAGAAAUACCAUGUUCAAUAUCCAAAGUGACACCAACAGAUACAUUCCAAACAGAUGAAACUCUGAAGUGUUCAUCUCCCCCCAAAAUCUGGAAAAUCAAUGACCAUGAACUGUUAAUUGAGAAUAAUUCUACUGAAAAUCCUAUAACAGAAAACACUAGAGCAGAAAUUUCUUAUGAAAAUGUACAGAUCACAGAUACUGCUAGAAGGGGACACAUGCUUCUGGCGAGAUCUAAGUUGCUGACUACACAUGCUUCCCAGGAUCACUGUUCCUCGACUAUGCCAGCAGGCUGUGUUUUGCCAGUGGGUGGUAAUUUUGAGAUCUUGUUACAUUAUUAUCUUCUCAAUUUUGCCAAGAGAUGCCCACAGUCUGAAGAAACUGUGGUCAGUGUGCUAAUUGCUAAUGCACUUUUAGGCAUUCCCAGAAUCCUCUGUAAGCCUAAGAAAGGAAUUCACAGCUUUCCACUGCUCUAUCUCAGAUCUCUCCAGGCACUGCAAACCACUCAACCCAUGAUAAGUGGUCAGGCAGGUUUGGAAUCAGUAGCUGCUAAGUACCAGUUGCUAACUUCAGUUUUUCAAUGUUUGACAAAAAUAUUAACCAUUGAUUUAAUAAUCAGUAUUAGGAGACAGCCUCAGAAAACUGGCAAUGAAGAUUCAGAAGAGGAAUUUUAACAUUUUAAAGUAUUUUUAAUACAGCUUUUCAUUCUGGGCCAGUUUCUAUGGCUCAGUAGACAAGGAAACUUAACAUCAAUCCUGAAAACCUGAGAUCAGUACCCACAUGGUGGAAGGAGAGAGCCAACUCUCAGAGAUUGUCCUCUGACCUCCGCUUGUACUGUGGCACUAAAUAAUUGUAAGAAAAAGCAACUUUUAAUUCAAUUCAAGCUAUAAAACAAAGCAGGCAUUUUACUGGCUUUGAAGUCAUUUCAGACUUUACAGAAGUCCACCAAGUCCACAAGACCAUUCAUUCUGACUAGAAUGGCAUCUUCAGGUGCCAUCUUAUUUUAGUUGUUUAUAAGCAUACAUACAGAAUGUUAUUUAAAACAAGUUUCCAUAGUUAGACUUUGUAAAGCAGUUAAAGCAGUUAAUUUAUAUUUUUUAAAAGUAUAUAAAUUCAUUUUCCCUUUGUUGCCAUUUGCUUUAUUUCUAUUUCGUUUGGAAAAAAAACAAAAAACCUUAAAUGGCUCGAUAGGUAAAGUGUUUGCCGUGCAUGCCUGGCAACCUGAGUUUGACCCCUGGAAGCUAUGUAAAACUGGAAGGAGAGAACCAACACUACAAAGUUGUCCUCUAGCGGCCUCAUGUACUGUGGCACAUCUGUGCACAUACAGUUUUUAAGAGUUUGGGUAGAUUUUUCACUUGUGCACCAUUGAAAUUUUGGUCUGUGAUACCAAAAAUCAGACUAUGCAUUGUGAAUUCAUUUUCCUGUAAUGAGAAGUUAAUACCGGAAAAGAUAAGGAAUUUGUAUUUUCCAUUUCUCCUGGCUCCUAAAAUCUUGCAAAGAUAUUUCGUGCGGUUGUUAGGGGUUUGUUUUUUUUCUUCUGUUUUUUUUUUUUUUCUUGUUUUUUUUGUUAUUUUGGGUGACUGGCCAGAGUUAAAUAGUAACAAUUUGGCAGUAAUUUGUAGUGUACAUUUGUGAAUGUUUACAUCAUUUUUAAAAGCUUACAAGGACAGUGUCUUCUACUUUCAGUAGUUCCCUGUAACACCUAGAACAGUGUUUUUUUACUCCAAGUAUUUCUAUGUGCCUGUGAAGUGACACAGUUGUAUCUCAACUGUCCCCCUAAGUACAUCUUUCUAGUUUAUUUAUUUAUUCAACAAAUUCUUAACUGUGUGAAAAUACUGGGCUAGAUGCUGAAUAUGCAUCAUGCACAUUGCUUUAAAUGGUUACUGGCCUGUGUCUGCAUUCAGGAAAAGUUAAGAGAAAAACCUGUAGUGGACUGGAGAGAUGGUUCUAGCUGCUGCACAAGCAUGAGGAACCGGAGUUCAAAUCCCCAGAACCUACAUAAAAAGCCAGGCUUGGCAGUGAAAGUCUGUAACCCCAGAACUGAGGGCUGGGUAAAUCCAUUCAGAUCCUGGAACUCAUAGGCCAGCCUGUCUAACCAGUUACUGAGUUCCAGCUUUAGUGAGAGACACUAAUUCUGUCUCAGGACAGAAUACUUGGAGAACAAUUGAGGAAGACACCAAGCAUCAACCUCCGACCUCCAUGUGCGUGGUCACCUUCACACAUACAAACAUGUACAUAGACCUCAUGCACACACAAGCCUGCAGUGUCGUCACACAGUCUCAUGAUUUUUUUUAAUAUUAAGCACAGUACUAUUUUAAAGGUUUAUGCCAUAUGAUGUAUUAUUUCAUGAGACCAAUCUAGCUCUUAGUUUGUAGAUAAAUGAACCUACAUUAAAAUUGCUGUGCAUUUUUCCCUGUUCAUUUUUAAUUGUCUAUGAGGUCAUUUUGCUUUAUUUUGUUUCUAUUGUUUCAAAUAUUCUUCAGUCAUUAAAGGCAUGUGAAGACUUC